ACAGCGAAAAUACAGGGUAACAUUCCAUGGUGCUUAAUGUAUGCUGAUGAUGUCGUGUUAGUAGGAAAUAGUGAAAGAGACUUAGAACAAAAACUGGAACAGUGGAGACAAGCUCUGGAGGAAAAAGGUUUAAAACUUAGUAGGACAAAAACAGAGUAUUUGGAAUGUUCAUUUAAAGAUGGAGCUACUACAAAUAAAAUGGUAUCUUUGGAUGGUGAAAUGAUUGUAAAAAGCAAUAGUUUUAAGUACCUAGGAUCGGUAUUACAGAGUAAUGGAGAAAUAGAUGGAGAUGCAUGCAGUAGAAUUAGGGCUGGAUGGAUGAAGUGGAAAGAAGCGAGUGGUGUGUUGUGUGACAGAAAAAUUCCAAUGAAGCUGAAGGGAAAAUUCUAUAAAACAGCCAUAAGACCAGCUAUGAUGUACGGAACUGAAUGUUGGGCAGUGAAAAAGAAAGAGGAACAGCGAAUGCAUGUGGCGGAAAUGAGAAUGCUUAGA